AUGUUCCACAACACCAGAGCCAGGUCCCGAUCGCCGUUCGUGGGAACGAAGGGCCGACGGCGACGUAAGACCUCCAAGGAAGAACGUGUGUGUCCUGUGUGUGCGCAGGCGUUCAAGAAGGCCGAGCAUCUGGCGAGGCAUCUCAGGUCGCAUACCAAGGAGAAGCCGUUUAACUGUCCCGUCUGUAAAAAGGCUUUUGCUCGACAGGACACUCUCCUGAGACACUCACGGUCUCAUUCAGCAAGCAAUGAGCCCCGCGGAGAGCCGGAAUUGCACUAUGUAUCUGCCACUCCGGGUCAUGGGAGUGAUCUGGACACGGAGCAAUUGAUUCCACAAGUCCCAAUCGCGGAACCCAUUCUACCUAUGUCUCUCCAGCUAGACUCCCGGUCGAUGGGCAAUAUGCUUGUUCCAGCCUCCCCUCCAAACAGCACCUCCUUCGACAAACAGACACCAAAUCUAUCCGGCCAUGAGGAAAGCAGCACUUGCGGUACCCAAAUCACUCCGCUUGCGUCGUUAUUUCCCUUAGAAGCAGGAGAUACCUGGAGGAAUCAGGGUAGUCCACAGCCCGCGCUCUGGGACUACCAGCUUGACCAAGAAUGGGAGACUCUACUCACCGGAGAUGACUUUGACUUGGAUGCUGUGAACCUGUCUCUGCUUCAUGCGACGUCUGAUUUUGCGCCCGAAAUUGAGUCAAUACCUGAACCGAGUAUUCUCCGGCUCCAUGAACAGUCCAUAUCGAGUAUGGACAGCGAUAUCGUCAAAGGACGGGCGAAUGCCAUUCAAAGAAAAUGGCAUACAUUCUCCGAGACUUUUUCGGGCCAGAUGACCCCUGUUGUAUCCCAAGAGGGCAGUUUCAUCGACGAACCCUGUCGCAAACGACUAGCUGAGCGCCUUCAGCCCCGUGUCCAACAUGGGAUUCUCCCUUCGACUCCGUUUCUGGAUCUUUGUAUCCAAGCCUACUUUUCCAAAUUUCACCCUCUGUUCCCUGUGGUACAUAUGCCUACCUUCCGACCCGGUAUUCAGAACUCGGUGCUUUUACUCUCCAUCUGCUCAGCAGGUAGUCUAUUUGUCGGCUCGACACGAGCGACCACGCAUGGCAUUAGCAUGUUCGAAAGGCUUAACAAAGCUAUUCUGGCCUCGUGGGAUACCUAUGUAAAGCCAGGGUCGUCAUCUCUUAUAGCUCUCCAGGCUGUUCUUAUAGCACAGACUUUUGGUCUGCUGCUGGGUGUAAGUUGGCUCUUGUCGAAACUAUAUUUCUACAGAUCUCGACCUAACGUAUUCCAGAGACCCAAAGAUCUAGCUGGAAUCGAAAUGUGGCACGGAAGUAUUGUCUCUUGGGCGCGAAGAGCAAAGCUCUUCCACCCCAAACCCUCGGGAUGCAAUAUUGUCGACUUAACAGGCGAGGCACUGGAGAAUGCAUGGAUGCACUGGAUUCAGGCAGAAGUGAAAAAGCGUAUCGUCUUGAGCCUACACAUCCAUGACGCCGAACUCGCACGACUCCAUCACCAUGAACCAUUGCUCCGACACUCACUUAAUCGACUUCCCCAAAUCUCAUCCAACGAGCUCUUCACUGCACCCAAUCCGCUCCACUGGAAAACACUCGUACUAGAAACACAAACGACACACCGCACCUCAUCAGACUAUCCGCUGCAUUCUUCCACAACCACCCAAAGCCCCAACGAUACCAUCGCCACGCCCGGCGACUUCGCCCUCUCCGGGAUGCUCGAAUCAAUCAGCGCUCUAGCCUGCGAACAGCGCGAAGCCAACACCGCCUGGCCAUCCUCACCCACCAGCACAACCAACUGCCACGACCUGCUCACAAAAUGGUACACCCAGUUCCACCGCAGUCAACAAGGCAAGCCGUCCUGGGUCUGCCUCAUGAUGCUAUGGCACUCGGUCUUCAUUCUCCUCCAUGCCGACAUCGACGCACUAGAAUGCGCCUGUGGCCGUGACGGCGCCGACGCAGCCCAGCGGCACCGUGCCUACGCGCUAUCCUGGGUGCGGUCCGCAGAUGCGAAGCGCUGUCUCUUGCACGCGCUGCUGAUCCAGAAGGACUUUGAGUCUCUGCCUGCUGGCGCAGAGUCGUCGAUCCAUGUCCCCAUGUGCUUGUACUACUGCGGCAUGGUCUGGUCGUGUUUUAUGUGCUUUGCGGGCGAUGCCGAGGCCGGAGGGGAUCCUGUCACCGUUGAAGCGGCAGAUUCGUUACAUUUCGCGGAGUUGCUGCUUCCUGGUGUUGAUGGGAUGGGCUUCUUUGCUGAUCAGACGCGUGGGUUGCUGCCCAGGCGUCUGGCUACGGGGUCGUUGUUUCGCAUUAUUGAUCUGUUGAAUCGUAUCAGUCAUUGGAAGAUUGCGCAGAGUCUGGCUUCGACGCUUUUGGCGCUGGUGGAGGAGACGCAGGAUUUAUUCUGA